UCAUUACAGAAAACAACUCAGCAGAAUGUUCCUCUUGGUGACUUUAAAGGAAGCAGCUCCCUACCUAACACCUAGCUCGUUAAGGGAUAGCUGUUCUAUGGCCUUGGUGCAAAAGGGAGGAGGGACAGGAUCUACUGUAUAGUGAAACAGAACUUGUUGAAACCUUUGGAGUCACCCAGGAGCAAUUGUCCUUGCCUUCCCUUGGACAUAGUUCUUUGUCUUCGAUGGCCUUUCAGGAUCUCCUGGAUCAAGUUGGCAGCCUGGGGAGAUUCCAGAUCCUUCAGAUGACUUUCAUUUUGAUCUGCAAUGUCAUAAUGGCCCCUCAUUCUCUACUGGAGAACUUCACUGCAGCCAUACCCAGUCAUCGAUGCUGGGUCCCCAUCCUUGACAAUGCUACUGUCUCUGAUAAUGAAAGUGGGAUUCUGAGCCAAGAUGACCUCCUGAGGGUCUCCAUCCCCCUGGACUCCAACCUGAGGCCAGACAAGUGCCGUCGCUUUGUCCAACCACAGUGGCAUCUCCUUCAUCUGAAUGGCACCUUCUCCAACGUGACAGAGCCAGACACAGAGCCCUGUGUGGAUGGCUGGGUAUACGACCAAAGCACCUUCCUCUCUACCAUUGUGACUGAGUGGGACUUGGUGUGUGAAUCUCAGUCGCUGGAAUCAAUAGCUAAGUUUCUAUUCUUGACUGGUAUGUUAGUAGGAAAUAUCAUCUAUGGCCGCUUAACGGACAGGUUUGGGAGGAGGUUACUCUUCAUUUGUGCUUUACUGCAAGCAGCUGUCACUGAAACCUGUGCAGCACUUGCCCCCACCUUCCUCAUCUACUGCAUACUACGUUUCCUGGCAGGGGUUUCCUUCUCAACUUUUUCGACAAACAGUGGCUUGCUCAUAAUAGAAUGGACGAAACCUAAAUUCCAAGCCAUGGCAACAUCACUGUUACUAUGUGCUGCAGCGACUGGACAGGUAACAUUGGCAGGCCUGGCUUUUGCUGUUCAAUCCUGGCACCACAUCCAGCUGGCACUGUCUGUGCCAAUAUUUUUCUUACUUGUACCCACAAGCCAUCAACUGCCAAUAAAUCCUCAGCUAAGGGUGGAACUUGGGGUGCCCAUCCCCCUUCCUGCUAGAAUUUUUAACUGGCUUGAUCUUGUGUGCUGUGAGAUCAGGUGGAUGUCAGAGUCGGCUCGGUGGCUGAUUGUGAUCAACAAACCUCAAAAGAGCUUAAAGGAACUUAGAAAAGUUGCACACAUAAAUGGAAUGAAGAAUUCUGGAGACAUCCUAACCAUGGAGGUUGUAAGAACCACCAUGAAGGACGAGCUGGAGGCCUCACAAACAAAAUCUUCCCUGUGGGACUUGUUUCGUACACCCAACCUGCGCAAGCGGAUAUGUCUCCUGUCUCUUGUGAGGACCACUGAAGCUAAAGAGAUGAGCUGGUUCUGGAGCAGUAGUAGAGCCAAGGUUGACUUCUGUAGAAUUUACCAGGACGGAAGUCUGCUGGGAAAGAUAAAGACUAUGGAUAGAAGAUUUCUGACAUGGAUAUCUGUGUUUGGCCUGCUGAUCAACUUCCAGCACCUGAGGACUAAUGUCUUCCUAUUGCAGUGUCUUCUUGGUGUAAUCACCAUUCCAGCCAAUUUACUUGGAAUUUUUUUACUGAAUCACAUGGGCCGUAGAAUGAGUCAACUGUUUACCAUAUCCUUGCUUGGAAUUUCCAUUUUGGCCAUAAUAUUUGUGCCUCAAGAAAUGCAGAUCCUGCGUAUGGUUUUGGCAACUUUGGGAGGAGCAUUUUCUUUUGUCUCUGUUGGCAAUACUCUUGUGCAUGCAAAUGAGUUACUUCCCACCACAAUCAGGGCAACUGCUUUAGGAAUCAUUGGGAUUUCUGGAAGUAUUGGGGCAUCCUUGUCUCCUUUGUUUAUGAUCCUCAAGACAUACUUUGACUCCUUACCUUGGAUCAUCUAUGGGGUCCUCCCCAUCCUUGGUAGUCUUGUUGUCCUUCUUCUUCCUGAGACCAAGAAUCAGCCUCUGCCUGACUCCAUACAAGAUGUGGAAAAUGAAGGGAGAAUCUUCAGACAAGUAAAGCAAAAAGAUACUUUCAUCAAAGUGACACAGUUUUAAGGAACUCCAAGAAUGGAAUCUGAUCAAGAAGCAAGAUAAGAAAAAUAUCACUGAUGUUUAUGAUAAUCCAAGAUCACUCUGAAUAUAGCAAACAUUUUCAGUAAAUAACAAUAUAGUAGAUAAUUUGUAUUAAAAUUAAAAUUGCCAUACUCGAUUGAUACAUAUAUUAUCCAAAAACAAAAUUAAAGGAAAUCAUAACAGUGAAAUAAACCUUCAGAGAUAUUUCUAUGAUAACAGAAACCUAUGAAGUUUCCAAUAGGAUGCGAUGAACCUUCCUCCCACUGUUGUGACAUAAUGCCUGGGAAAAUUAAAGAUGGAUGAUUUAUUGUAGAAUUAUCAUCAAUUUCAGCCCAUGGCCACUUGGGUCUAUUAUUUCAAGGUUUGUGGAAGACAGUACAUGAUGGCAGAAGAGUGUGCUGGGGGAAAGCUGCUCACUUCAUGGUUUCAGGAUGGCAGACAUAGAGAGGGAGAGAGAGAGAAGGAGAGAUAGAGAUAGAGAUAGAGAGAGAGAGAGAAAGAGAGAUAGAGAAAAGAGAAAAGAAAGGAGAGAGGAUGAGGGGUGGAGGGAGAAAAGAAGAGAGGAGAGGGAGUAAGGAAAUGAAGAAAAGGAGGAAGACUAAGAGAAGAAGAAAAGAGAAAUAAGAUAAGAUGAAGAACAAAAUAAAUAAAGCUUUCAAAGGCAUGUUCCACUAGCACUUCUCCUGGUCCUACUUGCAACAGUUUUUAAUUUCUUUUCAAUAGUAUCACCAGUGGGAACAUACCCUUCAACAAAUGAAACUUUAAGAGAUGCUCUAGAUCCUGACUAUAACAAGAAGACCGAUUAAGUUUAAAAACACGCUUUUUUUCUACAGUUUAUAGAAAAAAAAUUGGUGGAGUAAUAAUUAACAACAUCAUACUUUUGAAAAUAAAACCUGAAAGAUAUUUCAAAUUUGUCUAAAUAUUAAGAA